AUGACCUCGUCAAAAAGAAAAUUUGUCACUGUCAGUGGAUUUGAAAAACCAUUACCUGCCAUCAGACCCAAUGGAUGCCACAAUCGAGUCAGGAAAGAGUCCACAGAUACAGCAUUUCUGGAGUUAGAGGGUGCCCAAAUAAACAGUGCGGGACCUGGAUCAUCUAUGAUGCAAGCUAUGACACAAUACCCUGCCCUUGGACAGGUACCUGUAGCCCAGCCCUAUGAGCCAUCUCAAACUGGAAAUGAGCACAACAAGUAUGCUUCACUCAAGGCUGUGGCUGAAAAAGCGAAUGAAAACUUCUACACUAACAGACGGCACCUAGCCGACCUGGCAGCGAAAGGCACUCUUCCCAUGCACUCGGUGAGUCUGGAGCAGGAGCCCACCAACCCUUACAGCCCAGAGUUGCCCUGCCAAAAGCAGAACGGACACAAGUCCAAAACCACCAAGGUCCACAGCUCUCACCCACUGGCUUUUGGCUCGAACACCAUUGCCAACCCCGGCAUGCUGAAGGGCUGGGAGAUGACAGAAACGCUGGGUCGCCGGCACAUGUAUGCCCCCAAGAGACACAGCACCACCAUGGAGCAUGUGAACGAGCUGACGUCCCACAGCCAGCACUACCUGCCACCACAUCCCUACUUUGUCACCAACAGCAAGACUGAGGUGACCGUGUGAACGGAGCCGCAACAUCGGGUUUAUCAAGCCCAGGCCUGAGUGGAUUCAUGGAUCGGAGAAUGAGGAUAAUAAAGGAAGCCUGAUAGAGGAAGAAGUGUGGAUUAGGACCCCGUCCUGCUGGAAGGAUUGACUGAGCGGUCCAGAUCAAGAUCUGCAGGGCUGUUUGUGUGCUGUUUGUCUUUGAGCGGCUGGGCAUGGAACAGGUUUGCCCUGGCCUCAUUGAAUGGGAGAACGUAACAUUGUUCAAAGGAACUCGUUCUGUGUCCAUACUGUCACAAAUGAAUAAUCUGACCUGUAGUGAUGAGUUUGUCACAAGGCCAUCCGUCAAAGUGAUGAGGACACAUUUAAACCCUUAACAAUCAAUGCAAUCAAACGUACCAGAUGGCACAACUGUCAUGAUUCGUAACAACCUGAAAGCGUGCGAGAAAGUCCCUCAAGGUACACUGUCCUGUUUUCUCAUAAUCUUGUACAUAAAAGAAUGUUACCAAGGAUGUAAAAUGUCAAAAGCUUCCUCGGAUAAGCAAAAGACAUCGGUCUAGAAGAUUAAAGAUGAUGUGAGGACAAUCAUGUCUCUAGCUCUUCUCAUCUCAACACUCAAGACUUUCCAGAGCGUGUGCACCAAAAACCUCCUGUAGCAAAGUGACACGCUAUACCCUGAAAAACACUGGGCUUGUGCCUUUCCAACAGAUGAACUCGUUAUAUGAGAGCUCUUGUGCUUUUCAGCGAGCACAUGGUGUUUCUUCAAUAACAAAGAUGCAUACAAUAUAAACAAACCUAUUGUUUACGGCUGUCAUAUUCCAGUAGAAAAUGUUGAUUGUCAUGUGUUCUAAAAUACACCUUUUCCUUUCACUAUGUGUUCACAUAUUGUAUGGCCCUAUCUUUUAGUGCAACUCUAGACUGUAGACAAAGGAAGUACCAUAGGGUUAAUGAUAGACAUUCAUUACUUUUCAAUGUUAGGUUUGAUAAAAAUGAAUGGUUAAUUCUGAUACUGAACAAGAUGGUUACAACACUGCCAUUGUUGCAUUCCAAGUAUUUUGGGUAUUGAAAACUGAUUCAGUAGUUUCUUUUGUCUUUAGCAACAUAAUGUGAACCAUUUCACUUAGCAUAAAAUGCUGCAUUCAGUGUUUUGUCAUCCACAUUCAAAUCAUCCCAAGUAUCUGGCUGUGAAUAAUGUGGAUCACAUAAACUUAGAUUGCUGUGAAACAAGUACACUUAAAAUGACCUACAUCAUUUACUCGCCUAAAUCGAGAUGGCAAAUUAGCAGGCUAAUUCAUAGUGAAAAUAAAAAGACAUUUACUUAUCUAGUAGUGCAGAUUUCUGCAGUGUCACACUCACACACACACUUAUUACACAAGUAGGAAACCCAUUCUCAGUUUUAGUAUCGUAAACUUAAGGGGUGGUCGCACUAGAAUUUGUGUUUGUAUUCUGCUGUUUUUAAGUUUGGUGAACUUUGACCUACAAAACUGUGCAGUGAUAUUUGACCAUUAGAGGUCAAACUGACUGACCUGCUGCUAGUGGCACAGAAAUUGCUCACUUUAACUUUAAGGUGAAGGAAUAGUCCAAUCAAAAAUGAAAUUUUGCUGAAAAUGUUCUCAGCCCAGGCCAUCCGAGAUGUAGAGUAGAUGAGUUUGUUCUCCAUCUUAAGAGAUUUGGAGAUGUUUAGCAGUACAUCACUUGCUCACCAAUGGAUUCCCUGCAGUGAAUGGGUGCCAUCAGAAUGAGAGACAAAACAGUCACACAAGUAACUCACACAACUACAGUGUUUGUGUUUGUAAUCAGGAGAGAAAUAUGCUCUGAUCAAGCACUAUUUAUAAGUGUUCAUAAGAUUUUGAUAUGAGAGGACAAAAGAGGAUGGACUUUUUCACUGAAGGAAGCCUUAUUAUGGUUUAUAGACUCAAACUGUAGCCUAAAGCGACAGAGUACAGUUAAAAUGGUUUAAUGAUGGAUUUGUUUAUGCUUUUAUUAGACAGCUGCAGCUCAUCCAGAACACUGCUGCCAGAAUUCUGACUAGAACCAGAAAAUCUGAGCAUAUCACACCAGUCCUCGGGCCCUACACUGGCUUCUAGUUAUAUUAAGGAUUGAUUUUAAAGUACUUUUACUCAUUUAUAAAUCACUCAAUUGCCUAGGACCUAUAAAGGACCAUUACAUAUAUGCUUGCUGAAUAUAAACCUAACAGAGCACUCAGAUCAAUAGGAUCAAGUCAGUUAGAAAUACCAAGGGUUCACACAAAACAAGGGGAGUCCGCCUUUAGCUAUUUUGCCACCCGCAGUUGGAAUCAGCUUUCAGAAGAGAUCAGAUGUGCUAAAACAUUAGCUACAUUUAAAUCUAGACUCAAAAACUCAUUUGUAAAGCACAUUGAGUGACCCUUGUGUAUGAAAUGUGCUAUGUAAAUAAACUUGCUUUGCUUUUCCUUUCACUUUAUAAGAUGAUAUAAAUGAUUGUCUGGAGUAUUGUUUCUUACAUGUGGAUUAUUGUGAUGUUUUUAUCAGCUGUUUUGUCUCUCGGUCUGACGGCACCCAUUCACUGCAGAGGAUCCAUUGGUGAGCAAAUAAUGUAAUGCAAAAUUUCUCUAAAUCUGUUCUGAUGAAGAAACAAACCCAUCUACUUAAUUAAAAAAUUUAUGGACAUUCCUUUCUACCCUAAAAUCCAGGUGUUUCAAAAUACGGUUGAAACACCUGUGAAUUUUUUUUGAAAAUAAAAUCAAUACAGAGCACAUUGGGCUGUAUUUGAACAGAUUUUUCUUAGAGUGAAAGGCUGCCACAGAGACUGCGACAGCUUCUCAGGACAGCUAUUUAAAUGAUAUCUGUCAAGCUAGUAACAUGUUAGGUGUGGUAUGUCUUCUACUGCACACUGAAAUGUUUUAAAGCCCAACAAGAAUAAUUGAUCACCCUCUAAGCCAAUUGAACAAAUAUUAGAGCAGCAAGACAGCUAUAAAAGCCGUCUUUUGUAAGUUAAAUUAAAUUUAAAUAAUUCCAUAAAUGUAGUGUGACCAGCCAAGCCGCAUAUAAAUAAAACAUUUCAAGAUCUUUAGACCAGUUGGAAUCCAAAUUAUGUUGCAUGUAAAUUUAGGAUUGAUUAUCUAUGAUGAGAAAUAAAAAUCUCUGUCAAGAUUUAUUAACAUAGCAAUAUCAGUAUUGUGUCUAAUUUUGGCCUCAGUUGUCCUAAGAAUUCACUCAAAAAAAUAAUAAUACAAGCUCUGCCUCCAGUUUAACUGCUUGUCUUCUUCAUGCCAUUGAAUAAUGUCUUUGUGCGUCACUACCAAACAGCCUGCAACAAACCAGUACUUAAGCCUGACAUACUGGCUACUGGUCUGUCAGUCACUGAGUCCACUCAACAUCUAUUAAACCUGAGUGUCUCACUGCAGGUCACCUCAUGACUCAGAGCGCACUACAGGAUCACUCUCCGGGGGGCACUUUUCUUGGAAUUAAAUCUCAUAGUGAAUACCUUUCCCUCUGAAAUCUCCAAACACUGCAGAAAUGGAUUAGCACAGAUAAUGUCAAGAUUCGCCAUGCAGCUAAAAAGACCUGCACAGCUGGAUUCCAGGGCUUUAGUCUGACUGCAUAAUAUAACAUAUGAAAUCGUCAUUGUGAUAUAGAAAUCAGGCAUGUGGGAAAUAAUCUGGGUUAACAAUUGGGAGAGAAUUCACUAAGAAUGAAUUGCACCUACUGAUUAAUUUAUUACCAUUGUUUUAGCACCAAAGGUAAAAACAGUUUGAGCAAUAUAGAAUACAGCAGAGUAAAUACUGCAUGAUUUUGUGAAUAUGAAGUAAUCUAUGAUACGCAUUAAUAAGACGCAGUCACACUAUACUUACACAUGCUUGGCCACUCUUGAUUCAAUCAUUUCCAUUCCUACACAUAAACCAAACAGUGAAACAAAUGAGAAAAAGUAUUGUCUUGCAUAUCAGAUUUUUAUUUGGAGAAUAUUGUCUUGCAUAUCAGAUUUUGAUUUGGAGAAAAAUUAAGUUUUGACAUAAAUCUGCUUAACAAAACAAAUUUGAAACCAAUAGAAGAUGUAAAUGUUGCAGAAUGAUCUCUUGACUCAUGGUUUGCAUUGUUGCAGGAAAGUGGUGGGCAGUAUAUUUUCACAUUUUGAAUGCAUUAUUAUUAUUAUUAUUAUGUUAUUAUUUACUAAAAACAGAAAAUGUUAAGUGUGACAUAUCCUGCUGUUGCUGAUAUGAAUUUCAGUGUCUGUAUCUUUCACAUGAUCAAACUUAGUGUGAAUGAAUCUUAAUGUACAUAUUAAAUCAGGCCUGUUUGCACAGAAAAUCUAAUAAUUUAAAGCUAAUAUUUAUUUAAACUAUGUACAGUACAAAUAGUCAAUCGUUCAAAAUUUACAAUUGAAUUUCUGAAGUGAAUUCAAGUAAUUUAGAAGUAAUUUAGAAUUUAGGAGAUUUUCCUAACACAGAUUUUGCUUUGGGUUCAAAGUGGUCACGUGAUUUCAACAACAACCUGCUUUAAGCUGGUUUAAACGUGACUUCUACGUGAGCAGUGCUUCAUAAAUCGCUACACUAUUGACAAUAGACAAUGUACCUUUUUGUCUGCAAAUUUAGCUGAAAUUUCACCAAUGUUGACCACACCUAAACUCUUUGCUCAGACAUUUACUGUACAAAUAUCACUUCUAUUUACCAUUAAUGUAGAAAGAUUAUCUUUGUUGCUAUUCACAAUUGGUGCAAACAGUCUGGACCACUUAUGUAACCUAAUACACAAAACAGAACUAUACCAAUGUAUAUAAUACAUGGUUAACCUGGAUUAUGGUUUGUUAGUGAAUAAAGCUUUUUAUGCUAAAAUAACUCACAAAAAAAAAUUGGUGCAACUGCUUAGUGAAUUCAUCUCUCAAUGUGUUGAAAUGUAUGAAAUCCCAUGUUACGUUGAGGCUACAUAGGAGGGUCGUCUUAUUGCUGAUUUCUGUUUCCACCUCUCAUUGUGCCUUGCUGUUCAUUAACAGUCACUAGGUGUCAUUUUUAUGUUUUCACUAAGUUUCAUGGAUUAUUAGGGUUGGAAAUGAAUGAAUGCUUAGAAAGAACAUACAGAGGUUUUUAUCUUUUGACAUCAGCACAAGGUAUUAGUUAUUAUUUAGAGACGUGACAAGCUAGCACAUAACAGACGCAGUCUUGAACAGUCAGCUGUACAUUACAUCACAAAAGGGCUGAAAAUUAGCAGAACGACUUUAAUGCUGUGAUCAUGAAGUUUAGAUGCUGAGCGAAUGCAUUCUGGCAGAUGUUAUAAAAAGCUGUGCUAAAUAAUAUUGCCCUUUAUUUCAUGUGUUGAAAACCCCCAUAACCCCACUGCAAUUGAUAUUGAUGUUGGUUUGUGUAUUUGCAUCUGUUAACUGGUUCAUUUUAAACACUCAGAUUUUAUAGAAUCUCAUUUUGAAAAAGUAAUACC